AUGGAUAAAUUCUUGGUAAGUUCACCAACACAGCUUUCACAGGGAUUCGACAUUGGAAAUGACACUGGUUUGUUAGAUUUGGAUCGUGGGGAGUUGUUCAAUGACGACCAAAACAAUACCAUUUCUCGAGAGUCUAACAUGGACCACGAUGACAUCACUUUGCACGGCGACAACGUCGAGUUCUACGGACUUGACUACCCAAGCCAGGAAUCAUUGCAUGAUAUAGUACCCAUAUCCAACAACUCGGGAACGGGUAAUUCUAAUGGGUAUUUUAGCAACAACCAUCGAUUUCAGCAUUCCAAGAAUAUUUCACUUGACGGAGGAAACAUGUACAGUUCCAAGAUUUCUCAUCAGUCGAAUUUGUCUACUUCAUCUAUGGUAUCUUUAUCACAAGAUGCACCUAGUCAGUACGACCCCAAUCAUAUGAAUCAGUCGGGAUCUAAUAAUACAUUGUAUUCUGGGGAUUCUAUACCGCAGCUAUCGUCCUCCCUCUCAUAUCAGUCUUUCCUGGACUCUCCAUCUUCCAUAAAGCAUAAUGCACAUCAAAAACUGCAGCUGCAGAACGUUCCACCUCAGAAUACACCAAGAAGAAUCGGUCGCAAUAAGUCUAUGUCCGUUUCUUCUUGUAAUAAUUAUAAUGCGUUUGCUACUCCAUCAAGAGGUCCAAAUAAUCUCAGCUUGUCUCCCGUGAACCUUGUAUCUACAGCUAGCAAUAAGGUUGGGAAAACUCCGCAUUCGCUAAAAACAAAGGGUCAUAGCAGAUCGAGAUCUAGACUAUCAAUUGAUGCUACGAACAACUCAUUGUUAGUAAACAACCCAUCUUCAAAUGGACAAAAAAUAACAACACCUGCUCAGAAUUCAUCAAAUUAUCCAGGGCUUAAUCCUUUCUACACACCAUCAUAUGUUUCACCUCGUCUCGAUAAGCUAGGGGACUUUGAUGAUUUUGGAACACCGUUACUUACGCCAAGUUCAAAUAAUCAAGCAAACCCACAAUGGAGCAAUCAGGGAAGUGGAUCAUACCAACAAUUCAAUUAUUUGAGUCCUGUGGCGAAUAAUACGAACUAUCCUUCUAGUAGCGGUACUAGUAGUAAUAAAACCAAUACUGCUUUUACAACACCUAUGUUAUUGAAAAGAAACGAUACAUUAGAUUCUAUAAAAAUUGAAGAUCAGGAUGAUGAUGCCUUUAAACAAUUAGGAAAGGCGAAAUCUUAUACAAAUUUUGUAAAUUCUAAAUUUAUGUUUAAUGAAACGAAGAAACUGGGAUUUAUGGAGGAUGAUAAUAAUUAUAGGAUGUUAGAACAAUCAUUAAUGGACAAACCAGAGAUUGGUGAUCUAAAGAAAGAUGAUGAUAUGUUUUUGAAUGCAGCCGAUUUGUCUUUAAAGCUUGCCUCUCAGUUAGUUUCAAAUCCAAACAGCGAAGUUCCUGAUACUAUAGUAUCCUCAAACUCAACUCCCGGAGUCAUACAUUCACAUAAUUCACCAACACGUUCAUACAGUGUGUUGUCAAAUAAUGUGCCUCCCGCAACUUCCUUUUCGGUUCCUUCUACUGCGGGUGCUUCAACGACUGACUUUGAAUUGAAAUAUAAAAAUCAAAAUUCUCAUCAACCCAAGCCGCCAGGUAUCGAUUUAUUACUGCCUCAAUUUAAUUCUAAUCAUUUAACUGAUGAAAAAUUGAUUAAAAAUAACCAUAGAACAAAUCAUUCACAUAAUAGUUCUUUUACAAAAUCAUAUCCAGCGUCAAUUGACUUGGCUUCCAUAGCCACCUCUCCAAUGAAUUCAAAUAGUGUGCAAAACAUCUCCACUAUAAAUUCUGCAUCUCCUAAUAAUCCAAACGGUUUACCUACAAUGGCUACAUUUUCAAUUUCCUCAGGCCAAUCAACGCACGCAACACCUGAAACAUUCAUACCAUCUCCACAAGACUUAAAGCUUCCUAUUAAGGUGUCAGAUAAGACAGAUGUCAUUGAUCCUAAGAAGAAGCAUUCGUGCCCACUUUGUCAAGCUAGGUUUCAGAGACCAGAACACGUCAAAAGGCAUUUGAAAAGUCAUUCGUCUGAGAAGCCGUAUGAGUGUGAUGAACCAAACUGUGGAAAGAGAUUUAAUAGAAAAGAUAAUUUAAAAGCUCAUCUAAAGAAAAUUCAUCACCGAAAAUUAUAA